AUGCAGGAGAUAGUUGGACCGCUGCAAAGUAGCUUUAUUCCAGGGAGGGGUACCACAGACAACGCCAUUAUUCUUCAAGAGAUUGUGCAUUUUAUGAACCAGAAGCGGAAGAAUAAUAAGAAUGUUGUCUUCAAGCUUGAUCUAGAGAAGGCUUACGAUCGAGUGGACUGGCAUUUUUUGCACGCUACUUUGAAUGCUUUUGGUUUCCCUAGUUCCAUAAAUGCUUUGAUUAUGCACUGCGUUUCGUCGGCUUCUCUUUCCAUUCUCUGGAAUGGGAUUCGCUUACCGUCCUUUAGAUCUUCAAGGGGACUCCAGCAAGGGGACCCUCUCUCUCUGUAUUUAUUCGUUCUGUGUAUGGAGCGACUUGCUCACAUGAUCCAACAUGAAGUGAGUCGUAAUAAUUGGAAGCCAGAUGCAAUUUCUCAAGGGGGGCCAACCAUUUCACAUUUGUUUUUUGCCGAUGAUGUGUUAUUAUUCACUAAGGCAGAAGUAGACCAGGUGAGGGUGGUUCAUGGUGUCUUGGAGAGAUUUUGUCGAGCUUCUGGUUUGAGAGUUAAUGUGGCAAAGUCGAAGGCGAUGGCUUCGCUUCAUGUGUCGGAAGGGCUCAAGGAGAGAAUUGUAGUUGUCACGUCCAUUCCAUUCACUGCCAAUCUUGGGAAGUAUUUAGGAUUCCCUAUUAUUUAUGGAAGGGUCAAGAAGGAGGAUUAUACUUUUAUUGUGGAAAGAAUAACACGGAGGCUUGCGGCUUGGAAGGGGAAGUUAUUGAACGAACCGGGAAGGGUAACUCUUGUUCGUUCUGUCAUAUCUGCAAUUCUUGUAUAUGUUAUGCAAUUGAAUUGGCUCCCUCAAGCUAUUUGUGACCAGAUUGAUGCCAUUGCUAGACGGUUCAUUUGGGGUAGCGAGACCAGGCGGGGUGUCUCUCUUGUUGUAUGGGAGAAAAUUGCGAAACCAAGGCGGCAUGGUGGUUUAGGCAUCCGGUGUGCGCGUUUAAAUAAUGUUGCGCUUCUUGGCAAGCAUCUGUGGAGUUUGCUUCAUGAGCAAGAUAAAUUCUGGGUGCAGAUUGUGAGAUCUAGAUAUAAUGUUGAUAGAGAUAUAUUGACGUGCCAGAGCUCUGCAGGUUCGCCUUUUUGGAGAUCGGUUUUGCGGGCUAGGGCUAUUCUAGCUGAUGGAUAUGUGUUUCGACUUGGAUGUGGGUCUUCUUCGUUCUGGUAUUCUAAUUGGUCGCCCUUGGGUUUGCUUUGUAAUUUGGUCCCUUUUGUAAGCAUUCAUGACACCCAGCUUUCUGUUAAAGACGUUUUUGCUUCCAGCUCCUGCAAUUUCUCCUUGCUGUACACUAUGCUUCCCGACCAAGUUAUUCAAACCCUUUCUUACAUUCAGGUUAUGCUUGAUGAUGGAACCCCAGACUGCUUUGUAUGGCAGCAUCAACUUGAAGGUCAAUAUAGUGCUCAUGGGGGAUAUGACUGGCUCCUCUCGCGGCAACCCAAUGGUCCUUUGACCAGCUGGACGUGGGUGUGGAAGUUGCCGGUGCCGGAUAAUAUUCGUUUUUGUGUCUGGCAAGCAGUUCAUGAUUCCGUUCCUACUCGUGCUCUCCUUCAUCAUCGCUCUUUAAUUGAUUCAGCGGUGUGCCUUGGUUGCGGUAAAACGGUUGAAACUUUCUUCCAUUGUGUGCGGGAUUGCACAACUGCGAGACAGAUGGAGGCAGCACCUAUAGUUCGAGAUGCUUGGGGACAACUCACUGUCAUUGGAAAAGUCUACGCAAACAGUGGGGUAUCUCCCCCACAACGUUGGCUGAUGGCUUUGUGGUUAUGUGGAUUUGCGAGUGGUAUUGGUAUUGCUGAUUCCCUCAAAGCUGAAUUAUUAGCAAUUUUGCGCGGGCUAGAGCUGUGUUGGCAGCUUGGAUACAGGAGGGUUGAGCUGUCGUCUGAUUCCCAAACUGCUAUGGGUCUUCUCGCGCAUGCGCAUCCUGUGUUUCAUCACUACUCGUCAGUGCUUGGCCGGAUCAAAGAUUUGCUUCAGCGUGAGUGGGAGGUUCAUCGGUUCCAUUUGCUCCGGGAAGGGAAUGCUCCGGCCGAUUACUUGGCUAAGCUAGGAGCCACGACAGCUAUGGGCAUGGAGGUUUGGACUACUCCGCCUACAGGCAUUAGUGCUCUUUUACUGGCUGAUGCAAUGGGUACAGAGUUCUUGAGGCUGUAG